GGGAAGAAUAGUAUUUCUUCUCGUCAGUGGACAACCAAUUCUAACGAGUGCUCCCACACUGGACUAAGUGCGACCCCACGGCGAGAAUACCGUAGCGCCUUCGACCUGCUCAUUCUACACUGAGGUCACUAUAAAACCGGGACGGGACCAUCCAAAAUCCAAACUUGCAAAGCGAAGGAAGCCACAAUGGCCUUGACAGCCAUCACUGCUGUGCCUGGCCUCUUGUUCAUAAUUCUCAGCAUCCUCUCGUCGAACAAGGCUGCAGGCAUCGAUGACGAGCGUCAGGUACUUCCACUGGCAUCCUUUUGCAUAUAUUUACGACUUGUUCUUUUUUUGCAGAUCUAUAUCGUCUAUCUCGGUGGAAAAGGCAGUCGCCAGAGUUUGGAGCUGGUCCAAAGACACAGCAAGAUUCUCGCAUCUGUCACAAGCAGAGAAGUAGAGUCCCCUGAGAUCGUGUACAGCUACAAGCAUGGAUUUGAUGGAUUUGCUGCUAGGAUGACCGCUAAGCAGGCAAAAGCCGUAGCAGGCAAGCCAUCGCAAAAAGCUCUUCUCCCGGAUGAUUCAAUUCUCUUGGCUCUGGUCAUAAUUACAGGACUGCCGGACGUGGUCAGUGUGUUCCCGAGCAAAACUCUGCAGCUGCAUACAACACGGUCCUGGAAAUUCCUGGAAACUUUUUCGACGGGGCUCUUGUACUCAAGAGGCAAAGUUGGAGAGGGGGCCGAUGUCAUUGUUGGCGUGCUGGACACAGGUAUAUGGCCAGAGUCUGCAAGUUUCAGCGACGAUGGAAUGUCAUCUCCUCCCAGCCGAUGGAAAGGAUUCUGCAAUAACACCGGUGUGAAUUCCACGCAGGCCGUGAAUUGCAACAACAAGAUCAUCGGAGCUCGCUUCUACAACGCCGAGAGCGCCAGAGAUGACGAAGGCCACGGAUCACACACCGCAUCCACCGCGGGUGGCAGCGUCGUCUCCAACGCGAGCAUGGAGGGUGUUGCCAGUGGAACAGCCAGGGGUGGACUCCCAUCCGCCAGGCUCGCAGUGUAUAAAGUGUGUGGGAGCGUCGGCUGCUUCGUGUCAGACAUCCUCAAGGCCUUUGAUGACGCUAUGAACGACGGGGUGGAUCUCCUAUCACUUUCGCUUGGUGGCUCGCCGGAGAGCUACGACGAGGAUGGCAUCGCGAUUGGAGCCUUCCAUGCCAUCCAGCACAACAUCACUGUCGUUUGCUCUGCUGGGAAUUCUGGUCCCGACGAAUCGUCCGUCUCCAACGCGGCCCCUUGGAUUGUCACGGUCGGAGCAAGCACCAUUGACAGGUCCAUUUCGUCCGACAUCUAUCUCGGAGAUGGAAAAACUCUUCGGGGAACGGCCUUGAGCUUUCAAGCUCAGAAGAAACCACCUUACAGCCUCGUCCUUGGCUCUUCAAUUCCUGCUAACAAAUCUAUCCGGGCCUCAGAAGCCAGCACCUGUGAUCCAGCCAGUCUAAAUGCCAAGCAAGUCAAGAACAAGAUCGUCGUCUGCCAGUUCGACCCCAACUACGCUUCCAGGAGAACAAUUGUGACAUGGUUGCAGCAGAACAAGGCCGCUGGCGCCAUUCUCAUCAACGACUUCUACGCAGAUCUCGCUAGCUACUUCCCCUUGCCUACGACCAUCGUGAAAAAAGCCGUGGGAGACCAGCUGCUAUCCUACAUGAACAGCACCACCACGCCAGUCGCUACACUAACACCGACGGUGGCAGAAACUAACAAUCCAGCUCCAGUAGUUGCCGGAUUCUCUUCGAGAGGUCCAAACUCCAUCAGCCAGGAUAUAAUCAAGCCCGAUGUUACUGCUCCAGGAGUGAACAUCCUUGCGGCCUGGUCGGAUAUCGCUCCAGCAUAUUAUGAGAACUACGACACGGCCAAGCCCGUGUAUGUCAAGUAUAACAUCAUCUCUGGAACCUCCAUGUCGUGUCCUCACGUCACGGGAGCAUUGGCCAUGCUCAAGUCUGCUUAUCCCUCUUGGAGUCCUGCGGCUCUAAGAUCGGCGAUCAUGACCACAGCGACAACUCAAGACGACGAGAAAGAAGGCAUACUCGACUAUGAUGGAAGCCUGAGCAAUCCAUUUGGUUAUGGCGCCGGCCAGAUCGAUCCCUCGAGAUCUCUAAGUCCAGGACUGGUCUACGACACAACACCCUCCGACUACGUCGCUUACCUCUGUGCCACUGGCUACAGUGAGAGCAAAGUCAGGAUGAUCACAGGAAGCAAGAACACGACUUGCUCCAAGAAGAAUUCCAACCUCAACUAUCCUUCCAUCGCCUUCCCGAGCUUGAGCGGCACGCAGACCACCACCAGGUACCUGACGAGCGUGGAUUCUUCGUCCUCCUCCUCGACUUACAAAGUAACAGUCAAGACACCAUCGACGCUAAGCGUGAAAGUGGAGCCAACCACGCUCACAUUCUCCCCAGGAGCAACGCUCUCCUUCACAGUCACUGUUUCGAGCAGCUCCAACGGUAAAAGCUGGCAGUUUGGAUCCAUAGCUUGGACGGAUGGGCGGCAUACGGUGUCCAGCCCCGUUGCUGUGAAGACCAAGGCUUGAUCAUUCUUAUCGAGCUCGAACAAAGUAGACAAAAGAAGAAGGUAAAGGUAGACAAAAUGGAACCGUGGUCUCGAGACAAAUGUGACAGCCAAUGCAAGCUUUGCAAGCCGCCAAAUGUUUGCUCGUGAUCUUCCUUGCCAGUGUCGUCCAGUUAAUUGUCUUCACGUCGACUAUAAAAAAGAAGCUCUCACUCCA